AUGAUUCAAAACACUCCAGUCCAAGCUGUACAAGCUGGGCCUGUCGAGCAACUCCCCAGCUCUCAGCGCCGAAAGCGUAUACCCGUGAAUUGCGAGGAAUGCCGACGCUCCAAAUUACGAUGCGAUCGCCGGCAACCGUGUGGCGCUUGUAAGCGUCGCCGACGCGAUGCCAGCUGUUCCUACGAUGUAUCUACAGGUCUAACUACAUCGACCAACACUCACAGAAUAGCCGGUUCCAUUCAAGUGUCAAGUGCGUUUGGCAAUAGAGUAGGAUGCUCGACUACAUCAUCGAGAGAAACCCUUGCCACAGCAUCACGACCGAGGCUGCAAAUACCUGACACGGAUCAAUUGGCUCCGGAUACGCACUGGGACACGGUGCUUGAAAGACCUGCUCCAGAAUCUGAUGCUCACGACACUUCGUCACCUCUUUCAAUCGGCCUGCGUUUGUCUCUCCAAGAAAUUAUUGAAUCUCUUCCACCUAAACCUUGUUGUGACUACUUGAUUUCACACUUUUUUAAAAACAUAUCCACUUUGUUCCCUAUUCUUCACGGGCCAACCUUCCAAAAGCAAUAUACUAGGUUUAUGCAACGAAAUCCUGACAUCGACAUACCUUGGCUGGCUUUGCUUUUCUCUUUGUGCUCCCUGGCUUUGAAUACCAUGGAUGACAAUGAUCCUAGGCUGGCACCUUUCUGGUCUCAACUGCCGUCCAGUCCUGCGCAAGUACCUGCUACGGUUUAUGUGUCUCGCUGCCUUCUUCGAACCGCAAUGACGUGUCUUUUACAGGACAACUUUUUUGUCAACCACACAUUUAGCACAUUCGAGGCUUUAUUAAUGGUAAUUUACAAUCUUUCGCACAAUGAGUCUGUCGAACAAGGUUGGGCCUUGUUAGGGAUGGCAUUGAAUAUUGGCAUUGCCUUGCGGUGUAAUGUGGAUCAAAAUUCAAGCUAUAUUGAGACAGAAAGACGACGACGCUGUUGGGCUGGACUCUUAACAUUACAUACGUAUCAAGGCAUGCUAUUCCGGGAUGUUGAUAUGUCAUAUCUUCUCAACAUCAAGUCAUCUUUACCAGCCAAUGUCAAUGAUUCUGGUAUCACAGAGGAAGGCAAUUUGUACCCGUCUAGUCAUGGCCAGCCUACGCAAAUGUCUGUUAUGCUGGACAAGGUUCGGCUUUUCCGACUUUCUACUGAGAUCUGUCGUCAUAUAUCGGGCCCUUCGCGGCUGGAUCAACUAAGUCUGCACAAAUUCGAUGAUGCCAUAGCCGAUGAGCAAAAACAAUGGGACUUGACUUAUAUGGUCGAUGGUUCGCCAAGCAUUUUGGACUCUGCUAGCUAUGCAUAUUGGUGCGUUUUGCAGACUUACGCACACCAUCUCUACCUUCUUCUACACCGACCUUUCCAUCAUUCCAAAGCACCUUGUUUUCUAGCGACGUCCAGGGAAAGAUGUAUCAACUCUAGUAAAGCCUUGAUAUCCAUACACAGGGAGCUGUACGAAGCUCCAAUACUCCGAAAUUAUCUCUGGUUGCUCAGGGGGGUGACAAGUCUGAAAGCACUCCACGCUGCUGUGGCCCUCAACUCUUGUCUUCAAGAUGUAUCAUCGGAAACUGACUUAACAUAUGACUUGGGGUCUUCGCGGGAAGAGAUAAAAAUCCUAAUGAUCCACUUGAAAGACCUUUCAGGCCGCAGUAAUAUUUGUUCAAGAGCGUAUCGAAUCUUACGCCAUUUGCAAACCCAGACAGGCACUGAAACCACCUCAGCAGGGAGCGCUGAGGGUCAGGAGACUCAAUUCGAGACUUUAUUUGAUGAAUGGACUGAUGUACGGGAAUGGAUGGAUUCGGAUAUGACCAACUGGGUAGGAAAUUUGGAUGGAGCUUUCAAAGCCUUUGCCCCUUGA